AUGAAUCGAUAUAAACAAUGUAUUAUUGAUAAAAUCGUUGAAGAUUGCAUACAAUUAUUUACGAGUAUAUCAAAAACGGGUAAACCACUUGAAAACGAAUGGACAGUUCUGAGUUGUAUAAUCCAAUAUGAUGCUGUGAGCUCAAUACAUAAAGUAGUGGCUUUAGGCACAGGAUCCAAAUGUAUUGGAGCCUCAAAAAUGUCUCAUUUAGGCAACAUACUAAAUGAUAGUCAUGCUGAAGUAAUAGCUCGUCGUGGGUUUCUUUUGUAUUUAUAUAAAAAUAUUCAGUUGUGUUUGGAAAGCAAAGAUUCUAUAUUUGAAAAAGUUGAAACCCAGUGUAAAUUAAAAGAAAAUGUUGAAUUUUUGUUCUAUUCAUCUCAGUUGCCAUGUGGAGAUGCCUCCAUUAUUCGUAAGGAUGAUAUUGAAAACAUUGGAGAUAUAGUAGUAUGCUCAAAGAGGUAUGCUCAAGAUGAUGUAAGCAAAAUUCAAGUUAAGAAACCAAAAAGUGAUGUCUUUAGAACAGGGGCAAAGUGUUUGGAGAAUUCAAAACAAGAUCCUAAAUUACCUGGCAUAGAGUAUCAUUUAUUGGGACAAGUAAGGACUAAACCAGGCCGGGGAGAUAGGACUCUGUCCUUAUCAUGUAGUGAUAAAAUAGCCCGAUGGAUACACUUAGGUAUUCAAGGAAGCCUGAUAUCAUUGCUGAUAGCUGAACCAAUUUAUAUAAAACAUUUAAUAUUUGGUGGUGGUACUCCAUAUUCAGAAGACAGUUUAAAGAGAGCCCUGUUUACUAGAGAUACAUAUUCAGAAGAAAAAUUAGGUUUAAGUCAUCAUAUUUAUCAAAGUACAAUUACUUUACCUUGCAUCAAAACUGAUAAAAAAAUUAAACCAGCACCUAGUAGUAUUAUUUGGGUGAAUAUAAAUAAUGGAUUAUCCGAGGUUGUUGUUCAAGGAAAAAAGCUAGGUGUUACAAGAAAGAAGGAGAAUUGUCCAAAUAACUAUUUAUGUAUAUCGAAAUAUAAUCUAUAUAAAGCAUUCAUAGAAAUAUUGGAUAACAAUAAUAAGUUGUAUAAAAUAUGUGAAAAUGAGGAUAUCAAAAACAUAGCUUAUAAUGAUAUGAAGAGAAGGUCAACAAAAUAUAUUACUAAAUGGUUAGAAAUUAAGCAAAGUUUUUUUAAAAGAUGGACUACAAAACCAGACAUUUUUAAUUUUAAAAUAAAAUAA